GCUGAGGUCUGAUUUAGUGAGAAGGCUCAUCAAACUCAGUGAUUUGCUCUUUCACGGCAGUUCUACAUCAACAUCAUGGCAUGCCUUUAUGGAGACAUCCUGAAAAUAGACACCACCGGUGCAUCAGAGAAGACAGCAAAACAAGACAAAUUAACCAUAAAGGGGGUUGAAGCCUCCAAAAAACUGGCUGAGACUGAUCUGGCCCGGAUAGAGAAAUACAAGAGUAUAAUUAUCAAAGUUGGCAGAGCAAAGCAGAUGGACCCAGUUGUGAUUGCUGCCAUUAUAUCCAGAGAGUCCAGAGCCGGAGCCGUCCUGAAGAAUGGAUGGGGCGACCAUGACAAUGGCUUUGGCCUCAUGCAGGUUGACAAACGCUACCAUGCUCCAACAGGUACAUGGGACAGUGAGCUGCAUAUCAUACAAGCCACUGACAUACUCAUUGGCUUCAUUAAAGAAAUUAAAGUAAAAUUCCCCAAGUGGACACAAGAGCAAUGCUUUAAAGGGGGAAUAUCAGCCUACAACGCAGGUGUGAAGAACGUCCAAACGUAUGAGCGCAUGGACAUCGGCACCACAGGAGAUGAUUACGCCAAUGAUGUUGUUGCCAGAGCCCAGUGGUUCAAAAGCAAGGGUUACUGAAAAACAGCAGUAAAAACCCUUACAUUAGUGCAGUGAGAACCACCAGUCCUGAUCCUUAAUAUUAGGCCUACUGUAUUGCUAUGGUUAGUUAAAAGCAGUUAGUAGAUGCUGAUGUAAUCUUUCUCUUUUAAGAGUUUGUGGUGUUUUCGAAAUGAAACUAGCCUACACAGUGCAUUUCCUGUGAUGAUA